GGCCUCACGCUCCUUAAACCUGCCCCCCGUCGCCCGACCCUCUUACCGCCCGCUGCGAUAGGGGUCAGCGAGUCAGGCCUUCUCGGAUAUUCCCUUCUGUCCUUUCCGUGUCCUAAUAAUUCCCCCAGUCCGGGCCGCGACGCACCGGACGCUCUAAUACAUCACGACGGCGCUCCUGUCUCCCAGUGCGCGGGACGGCUUUGUCCUGCCACCACAUCUUCUGGCCAUGCAACCCCAAGACUCGGCCCCCGCUGGCCCCGGCGCGCGUAUGAGCUCCUCCUUCUCAAAACCACCCCAUCUCAACGGCGACUCGACCGGCUUCUCGCACGGUGCCUUCCACUCGAACCAACCCUCCAUCACCGGCUACGGCGAUCGUCACCCUCAGCGCAACCUGCCCAACAUCUCCACCGCCAGACUGGGCUCCCUCAACGCCAACCAAGCCCAAGCCGACAUGCAGACGCCCGGCACCGCCUUCGACAUGAACUUCACCCCGCUGCUGCCCUCGCAGCUGCUGCUGGGCAGUCCUUUCCAGCCUGGCUCGCCCAACGCCUUCGGCUCGCCGCAGUUCCAGAGCUUCUCGACCUUCCAGGGCUCGCAGCAGCAGAGCCAGCCGCCGCCCAUGGGCAGUCCCAUCCAGCAGCCCCUGUCUCCCCAGCUCUACCAGAGCAUGAUGUCGCCCACCGGCCUCAACGCCCCGUCCUUCUUCGCUGGGCCCCAGUCGCCCACGGCCGGCUUCUCCAGCCUCGCCAGCCCGCCUCUGGGUGGUUUGGGCGCGCCGAUGCAUAUGGCCCCUGGCCUCGUCUCGGGCACGAGCAGGACCGUCUACCUGGGCAACAUCCCGCCCGAGACGUCGGCGGAGGAGAUACUCGGACACGUGCGCAGCGGCCAGAUCGAGUCGGUCAGGCUGCUGCCCGACAAGAACUGCGCCUUCAUCUCCUUCCUUGACAGCAGCUCGGCCACGCACUUCCACUCGGAUGCCAUUCUGAAGAAGCUGUCGAUCCGCGGCCAGGACAUCAAGGUCGGCUGGGGCAAGCCGUCGCAGGUGCCCACGUCGGUCGCCCUGGCCGUCCAGCAGUCGGGCGCCUCGCGCAACGUCUACCUGGGCAACCUGUCCGAAGACGUCACCGAGGACGAGCUGCGCGAGGACCUGGGCAAGUUCGGCCCCAUCGACACGGUCAAGAUUGUGCGCGAAAAGGCCAUUGGCUUCGUCCACUUCCUGUCCAUCGGCAAUGCCAUCAAGGCCGUCGCCCAGCUGCCCCAGGAGCCCAAGUGGCAGGCCCCGCGCCGUGUCUACUACGGCAAGGACCGGUGCGCAUACGUCUCCAAGACGCAGCAGCAGAACGCGGCGCAGUACCUGGGCAUCGCGCCCGGCUAUGCGCACGUCCUCAACGGCGCCGACAGGGAUCUCAUCUCCAACGCCCUGGCCCAGCAGUCGGUGGCUGCUGCGGCCGUCGCGACGUCGGCCGGCGGCGCCAACAACCUUGGCAACCGCACCGUCUACCUGGGCAACAUCCACCCGGAGACGACCAUUGAGGAGAUUUGCAAUGUCGUCAGGGGCGGUCUGCUUCACCACAUCCGCUACAUCCCCGACAAGCACAUCUGCUUCGUGACCUUCAUCGAUCCCACGUCGGCCGCGUCCUUCUAUGCCCUCAGCAACCUUCAGGGUCUGAUGAUCCACAACCGCCGCCUGAAGAUUGGCUGGGGCAAGCACUCGGGCGCGCUGCCACCUGCCAUCGCUCUCGCCGUCAGCGGCGGCGCCUCGCGUAACGUCUACAUUGGCAACCUCGACGAGUCGUGGACCGAGGAGCGUCUCCGCCAGGACUUUGCCGAGUACGGUGAGAUUGAGCUGGUUAACACGCUGCGCGAGAAGAGCUGCGCGUUUGUCAACUUCACCAACAUUGCCAAUGCCAUCAAGGCCAUCGAGGCCGUGCGCGGCCGCGAUGAGUACAAGCGCUUCAAGGUCAACUUCGGCAAGGACAGGUGCGGCAACCCGCCGCGACAGGUCAACAGCAACAGCGGCAACAACCAGCAGAACCAGCAGAACGGCAUGCAGGAUGGUCUGACCUCGCCAUCGCCGCUCAAUGGCCUGCCGAACAGGGCACAGAACAUCUCGCCCGCCGGCUCCAACGGCCCCGGCGGCCCGGGUAACGGUGGCUUCGGUGCUCUUCAGGCUCCGACCAACAUCCUUUACCAGAGCUCCAACAACCCGUUGAUGCUGUACCUGCAGGCUCAGCAGCAGCAGCAGCAGCAACAACAACAGCAGCAGCAACAGCAGCAACAGCAACAGCAGCAGCAGCAGUACCAGCAACAGAGCCAGCAGCAGAGCCAGGGUUUCCCUAGCACGCAGGCCGCCUUCUACGCCGCCGACAACACCAACAGCUCGAGCGGCAGCGGUCUGCCGACGCACUCGCACCAUGGUCCGAGCAGCAGCUUUAGCCUCACCAACGGCAGCACCGGUGGCUCGAGCGGAAGCACCGGCCCCACGACCAUCGGUGGUCUGCUCGCACCUUCGAGCCUGGGCCGCUCUGCGCAGCACGCGCGCGCCGUUAGUCUGCCCGUCUUCUCGCAGGGGCCCUUCGGUCAGCCCAGCAGCGCCACGAGCCAGGGCCAAAGCCAGAACUUUGGCAGCCUGGCUAGCGGCCUGGGCGGCUUCGGCGCCGGCAACGGCUUUGGCCUCGCCAUCCAGGACGGCGGCCACGGCGGCCUCCCCGGCUGGGCGGAGGAGGAGGCGGGCGCUCAGUAGAGGGUUCGUUUUCAAUUCUAUUCGCAUUUCACACGUAGGGCAAAGAGGAUACCGCGGGAAAUUUCUAAUGCGAAGAUGACGAGCGUCGGGAAAUUGGUCCGACGCAACGGCGGCUUGAUCGCCGCCUACCUUUCUCCUCCUUUUCUUUCUGUUUUCCAUUUUUACGCAUCAUUUUGGCUUCUUCACCUUGCAAUCUGGCUUCAUCUGUUUAUAGUUUGUUCGUCUUUUUUUGUUUUUUAUUUUCACGCCUGAGUACCCCGAUUUGAACAACAACGCAAGAAGAACCACACCAGUUUGCACCCCCUCUGUACUCCAUUGUAUUACUUUGUUCGUUUACUUGGAUACCGGUGGCCCCCUGUUGUGUUUGUUGUCGCAUUGAUCACGACGUUCUUUUUUCUGCAU